AUGGAUCCCAACCAACUCGCCGAUUUUGGUGGCCUCGAUCCGAACAGUCCACUUUUAGCGGUAAUUCAAGCCAGAAUCACUGAGCAAUAUACUAAACAACUUAAUGAAUUGACCCUGCAACACAAGGAAAUUGAUGAACGGACAAAAAAGAUAACCGAAGAAAGGGAGCUGUUGGGAGUCAACCUGUACAACACUCAGCAAAAACUGGUAAAAUUACAAGAACAAGUAGAUAAGGGACAUGACACUCUCAUCAUGACUACUCAAAUAAGAGAAGAAAUGGAACGAAAGAGAACAGAACAGUUGCAAAUUGCUGUUUUGAGAAGACAAGAAGUUGAAGAAAAACGAAAAAAGUUAUACAAAUUCCAAGAGGAGCUGGAAAAGUCGCAGCAAACUUUAAAAAUGUUGCAAAACGCUCAUGAGAAAACAAAGCGUGACAUUGCUAUUAAAAAAAGGAAGACGCAUAAAAUUGAAAAAGAAAUGGAGGAUGUAGAGAAACAAAAAAAGCAUCAAGACUUAAGAAUUGAUCAAAUGAUCGAUAGAAUAAGAAAGUUGAAAGAUCAAUAUCACGAAUAUGAAGAACUGCACAAGGCUCAAAAAGAGGAAUACAAAAUCGCAAGUGAGACACUUGCAGAAGCUACCUCUGAAAUGGAGGCUCUUGAAUUUGAAAAGAAGAGACUUGUACAGCAAUGGAAGAGCAGCAUUAUCGGAAUGCAACGGAGAGAUGAGGCUCUGAAAGCCACGGAAGAAGGCCUAAGAAAACAGAAGGAACAAGUGAUAGAGAUUUUGAAUGAAAUUGAAGGUUACAAAAAUUCUAUUAACGAACAGAAGGAGAGACACGAACAGCUGACAUCAGUUUUGAUCAAACAAGAAAAUGAGCAAGUGUAUCUCGAAAAACAAAUUUUGGAUAAUAACUCAAGCUUGGAAAGCAAGCAAACGCAAUAUAUGCAACUCAAAAAUACACUUGACAAAACGGAUGAAGAAAUUGCCAAAGAAGAGUUGAACAUCCAAAAAAUAAGAAAGGACAUUGAUGUUGUUGAUAAAAAGAUGGCAAGUAUGAGCAACGAAAUAAGGGUUCUUGAAGAAAAUCUUUUGAACCUCUUCAGUGAAAAUACAACUAUCAAGAAAGAUUGUCAAAAUACUCUCAAAGAUAUCGAAAAAAAGAAGAAUGAGGUCCUAGAAAAAGAAGUAGAAAUCUCACAGAUUGAGAACGAAUUGGCAAGAAUAACCAUUGACAAACUGCAAACUCAAGAGCAGAAUAAACAAUUAGAGCAAGUCUUGAAGGAGCUUGAGUCAGAGUUGAAACAGAAAGAUGGUCUCAUUGAGAAAUAUGAAAUAGAGAUUAGAAGAAAGAAUGAUGAAAUUGAAAAGAAACAGAAUGAUCUCGAUAAGUUGAACAGACUGAUGGAGAAAAUUCUCUGCACUCAGCAAGACGAAAACCAGGGCCCACUCGAAGCAACAAUCAAGAAUAUCACAAAAGCUAUUGAGGCAAAAGAAAAAGAAAGUGAGCAGCUAAAAAAGGAUUGGAUACGAUACCAGAGUGAACUUGUAAAGCUCAUGAACAGAUCUGAAGAGUUGUCUGACGAAAUUAAGUCCAUCAAGAGCAAGCAAACAAUUUUGUCACAACGAAAGGGAAGAAUUGAUGGAGCAGCAAUUCGAGAAAGAAAUCAAAUUAAGGAAUUAACUUCUGAGAUGCAGUCAAUGCAUAAAUUAUUGGAAAGGUUAAAUAAGAAGAUUUCGUCGAACUAUCUCAUUCAGAAUACUUUGGCUGAUGUCAAUUACGACCUUGAAAACAAAAUUUUGGAUAGGCUCAAGGCAAGCGAAAGAGAAGCAUAUGAGUUAGAGAGUAAGAUUGAAGAAACUAAAAAUCAAAAGCAAGCAAUUCUGAAUGAAAUGGUGGAUGUGGAACGACAAAUUUUGUUUUGGGAAAAGAAAAUUGAAAUUCAAAAAGAAAUUCAAGAUGCUUUGGAUCCAACUGUUGGACAAGAAGAGAUCACCAGAAUGAAGAAAGAAAUACAUCUCAUGGAGCAACGACUGGCUGAUCUUAAGCGAGAACAAAAAAGAAAAAUUAUGGAAAUGGAGAAAGCAAUUGAAAAGAGAGAUUUGAUUUUAACAAAAGGAAGAGUCAUUCAAUCUAAAAACACAACAAAUACCAAGGCAAACAUUCAACGAGAAAUUUCUUUCCAUCAAUCUGAGCUUGCAAAGAAAAAGAAGAAAGCAGCUGAGGCCUUUCAGGCUAUCAAACACCAUCAAAAUGCUGCUGAACAAUGUGGUCGAGCUAUUGAGGAGGCCAAAGACAGAAUUGCUGCCAUUAAAGAUGAAAUGACGCUGCUUCAGGAGGAAAUACAAACUCUUUCAACGCAAAAGACAAAGAUUGGAUAUGACCGAGAACGGCUGAAAAAGCUGAUUGAAAAAUGUCAAGCCAUUUUGAAAGGUUCUUUCAAGAAGACACCUGAAGUGAAUCAAGAAUUGAACGCUCAAAAAGAAACAUCCUCCAAGAUUGUGAAUGUUGUUACGAAACUGAUUUCCGGAUACCCUGAACAUACUCAAAGUUUCCAAGUGGUUUUGCAAGAAUAA